AUGGCAUCCGCAGCAAAGACCAUUGUCGCCACCGGCCUCACUUCCGGCUUGGGCUUCGAGGCGCUCAAGCAGCUCCUGCAGGCGCCGCAGCCGUACCGCAUCGUCUUAGGCGCCCGGAACGUUUCGGGCAUGGAGCAGUCCCUCCGCGACGUGCCAUCUGCAUCCCCCAACAUGGUCGAGGUGCUGCCCCUGGACCUCGCCGAUCUCCAGGGCACGAAGCAGUUCGCCGAGGCGGCGCUGCGCGCGGUCGGCGACGCCAAGAUUGACUACCUCUUCCUCAACGCGGGCAUCACGGACCCGGCCGCGGCGAACCCGCGCGGCUACCGAUGGUGCGAGCAGGCCGUGGUGAAUCACGUUGCUCAGUUCUACCUGGUGCAUCUUUUACGGGAGAAGCUCGAGGCGUCCAAGGGCCGUAUUGUGUUUGUGUCCUCGGGCGCCGCGACGUCUGUUUCUGACCCGAGUGUCUUGGAGGACGCGCUCAAGUCGGGCGCCGGCACGGCGGACGCUUCGCUCUACUGCAAGACCAAGUUUGUGCAGCUCCUCGGCGCGCACUGGUGGCGUCGCCAGCUCGCGGGCGUCUGCGACGUCGUCGCCGUCUCGCCCGGCCUGAUCCCCGGCACCGGACUCGGGCGCGGCAGCGACAUGAAGCUACCCGCCGGAUCGCCCGAUGCCAAGACCAUCCCGCAAGGCGCGCAAAGCAUGCUUGCUGCGCUGACGCGCUCCGACUUCCCAGAGGACCCCGACCGCAUCUUCCUGACCAGCUGGGGCGAGUGGUGGGACAAGGCCAUCUUUGCAACGUCGCUGGAUAAGAAGCUACAGGACAAAUGGGCGUUUUCCAAGGAGGACAUUGAGAAGGAGGCGGGCAUUUCGCCGCUUCAGGUCAAACAGCUCGCCGAUGGGCAUGCCCCAGCCCGGGAGCAGCCACUCGUGGAGCAGGAAGUCGGUCUCGGGGAACGGCAGGGCCUCGAGGGCCGGCUGGUCGCCGGCGACGGCCGCGAAGCCGUGGUCCCAGAGCCAGCGGAGCGUCGGCUCGGCGCUCUCGAGGCCGAUGGAGGCGGGCAUGUAGUCCUUGGCGAGCGCGGCCUUGGCCUCGCUCGCCAGGCCGUCGUAGGAUUCGGUGAAGCCGGUGCGGAUGAAGAGGAUGUCGCCGGUCUGGAACGCGGUGCCCUGGGCGGCGGCGACCAGGUCCAGCUCGGCGGCCGUGAUGCGGUGCGUGCUGUGCACGUUGACGGCGAUGCCUCGCGCCGCAGCCCAGGCCGCCCAGUCGAGCAGCACGCCGCGGCCGACGAUGCCUCCCGUUUCGACCCACGCUAUUGUCUCCCCCCCCCUUUUUUCCUUUCACAUGUCCCCGCGCUGGCCGAACUCACCUUGGGUGCCGAUGGCGUCCGACGUCAUCAUCUGCUCGCGCGUGGUGCCGUUGUAGAACAGGCCCGCGCUGCUGCUGCCGUAGUGGCGGAAGCCGUCCCACUGGGUGCUCGACUGGGUGUUGAAGGUGACGACGUCGUCGUGGAUGUGCGCCGCCUUGGGCAGGAUGCGGUGCUCAAAGGGCUGCCGCCCAAAGGCGGGCGGCUGCAUGCGGUCGAGCGGCCAGUCGGUGGGCACGCGCGUGCCGUCGCGGAUCUCGGCGGCGGCGGCGGCGGCGACGCGCGCGGGCGUGAGGAGAUGCAGCGCGCCGAGCUCGUCUGA